AUGCACGAGUUCUGUGUUCUCUGUGGAGUCAUCCUUGUGCCAUGCCCAUCCUCGCUACCAGGUAACCCUCCUAAGCGACUCGAUUGGAAGCAAGAAAUCCGCGCAGUCACGUCUCACGGAGGAUUGUCAACAGUCACCCUCACCGGUGUCGGCUAUUCCGAUGGAAGUGCUCUUUUGGCUAGCAGCGACCAUGAUACAUCUUAUAUGAGUCCGGAACAUCAAUUGGCAUGGCACUACUUGAACUAUUCACCAACGACUAGGAUAUGGACAUUUGCCUUUCACGAAGCCUGCUGGCAGCUGUUACAACAAAAGGUUUCCUUGUCCAAAUAUAGCCAGGCUGAGCCGCAACGUAUCGCAGAACUUUUAUUCCGCCUGCUCAACUGUCUACCAUAUGACCGCUUCAAAGUUCCCUGUCCGAGCCAUGACUUUGGUGGUGCCCUCAAAUUCUGGAAGUCACCGUUGAGUCUGCCUGAGUCCCGGAACUUUAUCCUGGCCGAUCCUACCACGCUCGCUCUUGGGUCUGUAACCCAGACAACCAAAGAUGUUUCCGAACUGCUUCAUACCACAUCUGACUUUCAGGUUUCUGAGGAUAUAUUCGCAAGGCUGUCGCCUGAAAUUGUGCAUUUGGUAAUCACCAUGGUGGAUUCAACAGACCUUUGCAACUUGCGACUUUCAUCAAAGUUUGUAUCGAGGAUGACUAGCCCCGACCACCUUCCGCAGUGUUUCUGGAAAAGCCGCUUUUCAGCUGACAGAGAGAUGGGCUUCUUUCCGUUCGAUCACGAGCUUUACCUACAGUCAAACUCCAAGCUCAAUUGGCGAAGGCUUUACUUUGACUUGAAGUGUAAUCUACGCGACGAAUCGGAAACUGGCCACAUGCGCAACCGCCGCCGAAUUUGGCUAUGCCUCGAUGUUGUGGCAAGGUCGUUGAUGCCACUUCUUGACCAGGAUUUGUGUCUUCAAGACCGCCAAAGCGUGGAGCAGGAUGUGAUUUCACAACGAUACGAGCUUGGGCAAUUUGUGCGGACCCCGAUAAUAGAAGAUGCUCAUAAUGAUCUUCCCAGUGAGAUGGGUGCACGAUCUUUUGGAUUUCAAUACAUCAUCUUGCGACCACAAAACGCGGACAUCGGCUCAAGGAUAUCCCUGUCACGCAUCUUGUUUGAUGGGGAUUAUUACAUUUCUGGUAUCAGGCUCUUCGAGCCUAGCGAAACCAACAGUUUUAAAGAGGUUUCUAGUGUUGGUUACAUCAUACCUCAGACAGAAAUUCAUGUACCUCUCGGCCCCAACCAUCGCAUGACCGGGCUGCGGGUCGCUGCCUCUGCAAGCGGUAUAGUUGGUCUUAGUUUUCGCAUCGACAACGGGACUGGUGCUAUUGCUUGGAAAAGUGUAGGCACUGUUACUGAUCCUCCUGACGGUGUUGGUGUCGCGAUUUUGGAGCCAAAAAUUGAUUCCCAGUUGUGUGGAGCAGUAAUCGGAUUCGAUGUCCUUGAAGAAGGCAUCCAAGGCACAGACAUGCAAGUUGCUGCAACGAAAGUGCCAGGUUCGCUGUCUGGGCUCUGGCAUCCCAACGAGCCAGACGCCUCCGUGUCUGGAGUCAUUCAUCCCUCUACACCCAAAGAUCAGCAGACAGUCGCCCCGCCAUACUUUUUAAAUAUGGACUUUGGGGGCCCCGGGGGAGCCUUUAUUUCGCGUCUCAGUCGAAUCACUGCUUUACACGAUGACCAGCACGGAUCCUUCAGAGGGUUUACCUUUUCCUAUAUAGAUGGUCGUACCAAGAGUUACGGUACGAGGAUGGUCAUAAGUACUGCAGGCGAUCGGUCUGCUUGUAUUGAGCAAUCGUUUUCUAUAGAUGGACCAGGGGGCGAGAGAAUUGUUUCACUGGAAGUCGCGCCGGACUCGUCCUCAGAGACUGAGAACAUCAGUGUCAUCAAGCUAAUGACCAGCUAUGACCGGACUUUGGAAUUCCGAAGGACGUGUUUAUCCUCAGUCGACGAAGUCGCGCAUUCAUUGCAAACAAUUAUCCCGCCUGUCGGGAUGCCCAUUUCCGCAAUACUUGCCAGAGUUCAGGUACCCCUCACAACUACCAGCGCGGAACACAGUAAUCUGCAUAGUUUCCAAAUGGAUGAAGGUACUGUGGAAAAGGCACCUAGUUCUCUUCGGCGCUCUGAGGGCUGCUUUACCUCAGUCAUGCUAUUCGGAGUACGGCGCAUAGGUGUGUCAAAAGGUCUACCAGGUCGAACACGGGAGUCUGAUCACGUUGCCGGACUCUGCUUCGAGUUCUGGGGCUCAUCACAUCCUGUUUACGUUGGCCAGUGGUAUUGUGAAAUUGGCUACCUUUCUCUGAAUAAAGGCGAAAGGAUAUGCCAAUUCACCUUCUGGCAAGAGCAAGGAUCUUUGCCUGGUAACACUUCCAGAGAGAAUGCAGGGAGAAUCACUGGAAUCAAGAUCAAUAAAACAGGGCUUGGACAGAGGGACAUGGAGAUUGUCCUUGGCGACAAACAAGAGAUGCUCCCGUACUCGUUUACAGAGAAUCCCUACGAGCGACUGAUGGGCCUAGCCUGGAUUUUCAAUCGCGAGUGCGAUUACACUUCUGUUCUCACAGAACCGUCAGAGCACUUCCCUGAGACUUCUCUGACUUUGAACAGCAUGAUGCACAUGUGGCCAAACAGUCGCGCUCCAGACAAACUGACUUGGCAGGUCGAGGACGAACAAGGCAACUUAUGCACAGUCUCGCGAAUUCAUGCUGUCUUUUGCCCCAGCUCUGGAAAGCUCUCUGGCUUCAUCUUCGACUACGGUGCCGGCCAGAUAUCCAGGACUGCAGGAUCCGCAUAUGGUGUCAAAGCUUCUUUCAGUGUUGACUGCGGUGAAUGGAUAACCUGCAUGGAUGUACAACUUUGGAAAGAGAAAAGUGAAGUAGUGUUCUAUACAAGCACCGGCAGAGUAAACUCCCUGUCACCUUCAGGUCUGUCCGACCAACCACGUCAGAAGGACCCAGCAGAUUACCAAGUCUUCGAUUUCAACCAUCUUGAAAGUAGCAGGACAGUUUCACGGGAAAGCUUGGGCGAGAGUUCGGAGUUUAGUGAUGAGUGCGUUGGCAUAUGGGUGACGAUGAAAUGGUGGCCUCAAUAUGCAAACGUCGUCGAAGCCGCUGGCCCUAUCACUGUUUCAGAAGACGAGGGUCGACAGUAA